AUGGCCAACAAGCAGACCAAGAAGCCUGUCUCGUUCGACGAGAUCAUUCAGUCCGAUCGCCAAAAGAAGCAGAGGGAACAGCUGGCGAACUCGAUCCUCGGAAAGAAUCGGACUGCUCGUCGCGCCAGUGCGCCGAGCGCAGGGGUCCAGAAAUCGCAAGCUGCCAAACCGGGGAGCCUGGCCAGCCGCAUUGGUGUGCCCAAGCGCUCCGCCUCGACCGCCAACCUCCGUGGCAACAAGCCCAAAGCCCCGGUAACCGCUGCCCCGGCGCAAGCAAAGAAAAACAAGCGUCAACCCAAUGCAGAGCGACUACUGAAUGCCCUCGAAUCCGGAUCUGGUCAGGCGACAAUCCGCGCCCCCAGAGGUGGCCUGUCAAUCAAGGGCGCAUCCGGCCCCUUCGUCGUGGUCGGCAGCAACUUUGCGCCAGGCACCACAGCAGCCGAUAUCCAGUCUGCCCUGGAGCCCACGUCGGGUCCCAUGCUCAGCUGCCGCGUUAUUUCGCACAACCCGACCGUCACCGCCGAAUUCGCGUUUGAGAACAAAUGGAAUGCCGAGAACGUUGUUGCCAAUUACCACAACCAGCGGGCUGACGGGCGCCUGCUCUCCAUGGUUCUCAAGCCCGCUGGAUCUGCCAACACCAACCAACAUAACUACAGCGACAUGCGGGUACAGGCUGAUCGUGAACGGCAAAAUCGACGGGCCGAACCCAAUUUGCAGGAUGGCCGCUAUGGCUUCGAUGAGCGAGCUCAGCCGUUGAAAAAGAAACAGACCUCUGGGCUUUACAGCGAUACUAUGAUGGUGGAUGCGCCGCAACCCCGGAAGAACCAAAACCGGCGGCGCUAA